AUAAUUAUAAAUCAAUGUGUAGUUUUUUGAAAAAAAAAUAAAUUAGUAAUUAAAAUAUUAAAUAUAUGACGUGGAACGACCUGUCGUCAACAACUAAUACUUGUCAAUGUUAAUUAUUGACACAUUUCUUUUCCAAUGAAAGUGAGGCUCGCCAUGGCUUGCUUAUCCUGCCGUUGUGUGAGCAGGCAACUGGUUUUUGCUUCUUUUUCCAGCAAUAUUGACGGCUCUCCACCUCCACACUCCAACACCACUCCUUCUCACAAUAACAAAAACAAGCCUCCAAUUCCCACUACUAAAUCAAAAACCAGAACGAAACGCCGCCAAUCCAAACUCCAACAGCGCCUCACCCUUUUCCAGAUUGAAUGUGCCGUUGGCGCCGGCAGUAAUCGCGAUUCUGAACCCAUGGGCUCGGAGCAGAGGGAUAGGGACACUAUUUUUAAGGGUCUGUUGCUGAAUUCUGGUGCAUUUGAGGGACCGGUGGAGAAGAAGCUACGAGAGACAGGAGAGUGGAGUGUCGAUAAAACGGAGGGACAAUUUUGUUCUUCUGGUAAAAGAAUCUUGAUGUUUUUCUUUCGGUGGGUUCUGCCAAUUUACAUUUUCAUGUUCCUAGUGACUUCUGGAGUUGUGAAGCUACCCUAAAGCACACCCCUACUUGAUGACCUGCUCAUGUGAAAAGUAUCUGUUAAUAAUCGAAAAUCAAAUUAUAGUUCUUCCUCUCUGUUGAUUUUAUGAA